GUGGAUUGACGUCACUUAUGACGCGGUACAGGAAAAGCACGUUCUUCAUACAGGAAUGCCGGUCACGUGGUCAGACUGGCUGAACAUGUCCGCGCCACUGGAGCCGAAAGACGCCACAGUGAAGAGGUGCGUCAAAGCGGAUCGCACCAGCGAGCACUCAUGGCACACCACCUACUGUCAUGACACAUACUGGGCUUUAUGCGGAGACUCAGGACUGUACUUCAACCUGUCGGUGAUGUCGUACACUGAAGCCAAGGCGGCGUGUGGCGCACAGGGUUCCGUCGUAGCCAAAAUCGAGAACCAAGAGCAACUGGACGCCUUGGCCGACGUCCUAGACAAUAUUUCAACCUCUGGCCUCCUCUGGCUUGGCAUGGAAUUUAAUGACACUGGCCACGUGUUCAUGGACGGAAGUGAGGUCACGUGGUUCAAGUGGGCAACGUUAGACUUCCGUGAACCUGACGACCUGUCGUGGAAACACUGUGUGGUGUAUGACCACGAGUACCGGGGCUGGAAGGCGAGGCAGUGCACGAACCCUGCUCCUGUCAUCUGUCAGGAAAAGAAAGUCACUCCCAAUUACAAGCUUCUGAACACUGAUGUCGACCUGGUCUUGACGCCAUCUUCAACCAUAGAAACGAAUGUCCCCAACAAGUGCGCAAUCACCUGUUAUGACCAGUCUUGUACCCAUUUCACCCUCAAUGGAGCAGAGUGCCGUCUCUAUGCCGCCACAGGAGUGCCAACACAGACGCCGCUCGUGGGCGCCACGCUCUGGAUUGAGGACGAACAAGACUAAACAUCUUACCCAGGAACGUGAAUUUGUUAUGACCUCAGACCUCUCAUACUCCGGAGAAAAGAGUUUCCACUUGCCUAUAUCUACAUAUGUUUUUCACCCUUGCCCUUUCAAGCCGACCUUUCUAUGCUAGAACAGACACGCUCGGCUAAAGCCUAUCGUACAUUUCGAAAGCCCAAUCAGAUAGCAUAUCCGGGCUCCGACAACAUGGCCGCUGCUAUGGCCUCAACUGUCGAGUGUCAAAUUUGUGCUGACAAUGGUCCAGCAAUUAAGCGAAGAUAAAUACUUUCGAAUUAUUUGCAAGUUUUCAAUCAACUCGCCUGAAUACCUUCAUAGAUAUGAGUUCAAACUUCAUUGUAUAUGAUCUCGAACGACUGAACGCGAAUCGCUGUGACUGAGAUGCAGUGCUGUUUUUGGACGAAUCAUGUUGAAGGUUUGAUGUCAUCGCGAUGUGCAGUGUUACUGGAUACUGUGUGGUCCGAGAGCCUCCAUUAACGUACGAGCUAAAUGCGGCAGUAAUAAGUAUAGCCACACUGGUAAUAUGUCAUUUUGUUUGUCGGGGAUGAAAUCUCAUAUCUUUUCAUUAUUUGAUUGUACAGGGGUCUGCUAUUAAAAGUCGCCAUAUUUGUGAAGCCAUACGAAAUAUGAACAGCGAUCUGAUUGGAUGUCGCAGUUUCUUCACAACCCGUGCUCUACAAGCCUUAGAUUGAGUUACGAAAUGUCGGAUUGAAAGGACAAGGGGUAAACUAGACUUUUACUUAGUAAGUAAACACUCUGGCCUCAGGAAGAUUCAAACCCCUGUGUAGUGGCUACAUCUGACACGAAGGCCCGUACGUCUAACCACGCAGGAAUCUGGUUUUAUUUGUGAAUCUGUGUUUUUUCUGUACGAACGUUAAACAGAAACAACGCGUUCCUUUGGUG